ACAACAGCACCAGCCCCGACAACAACUACAACACCAGCUCCAACAACAACUACGACAACAACUACAACACCGACCCCGACAACAACUACAACACCAACCCUAACAACUACAACGACAACGACCCCGACUCCAACAACAACUACAACACCACCCUACAACAGCUACAACACCAGCCCUACAACAGCUACAACACCAGCCCCUACAACCCCAGCUCCAACAACGACCCUGACUCCAACAACGACUACAACACCAACCCCGACAACAACUACAACACCAGCCCCGACAACAACUACAACCACCGACCCUACAACAACUACAACACCAACUCCGACAACAACACCAGCCCCAACAACAACUACAACACUGACCCCUACAACAACUACAACACCAACCCCAACAACAACUACAACCACCAGCCCUACAACAACUACAACACCAGCCCCGACAAUUACUACAACACCAGCCCCUACAACAACUACCACACCAACACAGACACCAACAACAACAACAACACCAACACCAACAACAACUACAACACCAACCCCAACAACAACUACAACAACAACUACAGCCCCAACAACGACCCAGACUCCAACAACAACUACAACACCAGCCCCUACAACAACUACAACCCCAGACCGGACAACAACUACAACACCAGUUCCAACAACAACUACGACCUUAACAACAACUACAGCACCAGCCCCAACAACAAGCACCAGCCCUACAACAACUACAACACCAGGCCCAAGCAACUCCACAGCCCCAACAACAGCUACAACACCAGCCCCUCCAACAACUACAGCACCAACCAACCCUGACAACAACUACUAA